AUGCCGCGAAGAAGGGUGAAUCGGAAGCAGGAAAAUGAUUCCGAUGACAGCGACACUAAGGCUGAGACCCCGAGCCCCAAACCGAAACCUGCUGACACUGAAAUAGAGCAGGAAAAGGGGGCAGGGGCAGGUGUAGGAUUCACCAGAAAGACCAGAGGCAGAAACAGGUUUGCUGGAGACGAUUCUUCUGACGAAGAUCAAAGUCAGAGUAAGCCCAGUGUUGCUGCAUCUGCUGAUGAAAGCAAGCGUGCGAGAGAAGAACGUCGUAAGCGUCUGGAACAGCUGAAGCUUGCGAAAGAAGCGAAAGCCGAGCAAGAUAAGAAAGAUGACGAGAUAUCAAAAGCCGAAGAUGAAGCAGAAAACGAUGACGGUAGAAGUGUGGAAGCAGAUGAAAACAAGGAUUCAGUCUUGCACCGCAAAACUUCGAGAAGGCGUACACGAUUUGACAGCAGAGAAUCAAGCCUGGAGACUCCCUUCUCUUACACGUCCGCUUUUGCUGGCCAUCCUGAACAUAUUCCAUGGGUUCCUGUGUCAAAGAGGAUUCAACAAGAAAAAGAGGUUCUUUUCUCUCUUGCAGGGAGGGGCGAGAACAUUCUGGAAAAAGCCAGGAAUGACAUGCGAAGGCAAGGUCUCUAUGUAGCUCACGAGAAAGAAAUCCUUUCUGCAAAUGUUGAACGUGCUGUGCGGAGAAUUCGGAUGCAGCAAAGCAUGGCCGCAAAGGAUGGUGUUAAGGCUGCCGAUGAUAGCCAAGAAAAAGAUGAUCAUGACAAAUUGUCUGCGAUUCGUUUUCCUCCCCGUGAGGAAAUUUUUGUCACACCGUUCGAUCCCUUGGAGAUCCGUCGCUGUAGACCAACAAUGAGAUAUGAUCCAUCAGCGAUGUAUUUGCAGUAUGACAUGGUGGUUCCUGUUCAGAACAUGGAAGCCGUUUUUGGAUCCAGAGAGCAUCCUACUGUUCUCGAGAUAGAAUUCUCAUCCCUGACCUUGAAGGAUCAUCACCUGUUCUCCAAAGAGGACUAUCUCGUCGCUGAGCUUGAGAGUCUAUGGCGGAAAUAUCAGUAUAGGACAGAAAUGAAAUGGGUGGAUUUCUAUUCCCAAAAGAUUUCGUCUGCAAAGGCGGCGUUGGAAACAAUUAUGAAAGAGAAAGCACUGGAUGCCAACAACAUCAAGGGACUCUCAGUGAGGAAAGGUAGGCGUGAUAAAGGAAAGGAGGAUGUGAAAGAAUCGGUCGACAAAAACAAUUCGGAUGGGGAUGUUUUUGAUAGUGUACAGAAAGAGCCAUGGUUGCAUGAGGAGCUCAGUAGGCUUCGAAUACAGAAAUCAUCUGAGGAGCUUGAAGACCUGAAAAUAGUAAGUCGUAUGAUUCAGAUUUGGGACGAAGUCAAGAAAACUCGCCAAGCACAGGGUUUUACCAACACCAAAUGUUCGCUGAAGUUCAAGAAGCAGUUGAUGGACAAGCGAAAAGACGAAGAAGAGAGAGAAGAGGAAUUGGAGGCAGAGCUAUCAGAAAUGAGGAGGCAACAUGAGCACACACAGGCACUGCAAAGAACGAAGCACGAAAAGGAUUGCAAAACGCUUGAGAACAAAGUAAAGACCAUGGAGAAAAAGAUCAAAGAAUUCGAGGAAAAGGAGGCUCAGCUUUUGAUGGCCGAGAGACCCAAUGAAGAUGAAGAUCUCGACGAUGAAGACGACGACGACGAUAAUGUUCAACUGCCAGCGAUGAAGUCGAAUGCUCAAGACAAGAAGUUUCUUUUGAGGUUGCAAUCGCAAUUGAAGUUAGAGCGGGAUGAAUUAUCUGCGUACAAGAAUAUGCUAGAAACUUUGCGUGCAAAAGAAGACAAGGGUACGGAAAAAUUUGACGUAGAGGCGGCCAAGAAGGCGAUUCGUGAUCGACAGGAGCGAACCAAACGCUCUCCUGGCGACCCCAUUUACCUUCCUGUUCUGACUUACACAGCAGCAAAGACUGAGACUGAUGCUUUGCCACAAACUUCGAGUGGUAAAUCAGAGGCUAUGAGAAGGAAGAAACUAAAGGACCUCAAAAUAAUCGUGAGACUAUCAGUCAACGGAAAUUGGUUGAAGGACGAUGAAGGGAAUAUUCGUGAUAUAGAAUUUAAAGUUGCAAAUGACUUCACACUGAAGACAGCAACUAUUGAGACAAUAAGACUACUGAUGUCAAGCAAAAGGCCAGAGGUGACAAUACACGUUUUGGAGGAUUCUGGAUUCCUAGAACGUGUAAGGACAUUUUCUAAUGUUUCCGAAUUUGCUUCAGUCUUUCUUCCAGUUGCAGAAGAUUUUGAUGAUGCUAAUUCCUUGUCAUUGACGUUUCAAGCUACCGUGCCGUCAGAGAGACCGUGGUGUGUUGAAAUUGAGCCUCAGACCACGAAGAUCAAUGAGCCUCGCGUUGUCAGACCCUCAGGACUUCAUUACAAUGCAGGAGAAGUUUUCAUCAGGGUCUCAAAGUUCGAUUCCAAUGCAGAUGAAGAUUCUGUCAAGAUAGACAUUGAGUCAGACAAUCUUCUUGAAACAAACAGAUUGAAUAGACGGUCUAGGAGUGAUGUGACCAAGAAAGCAAAGGGGUUGAUUUCUGUAAAUAAGUUGAAGCGGCUUGUCGAAGCAAAUGAAUUGGAUCCGAAUGAUCCCAGAAACAGAAAUUUGUUAGAGUUGUUGAGUGCAAGCAAGGAAACGGAAUCGAAUCACACUGUGAGAUUUGAUGGCUGGAUUAACAGUACCUACGUCGGCGACAACAUGCUACCUGACCUUCGACUGCAAGAGCAUAGCGUACAUUCUCAUCGAUGGGUGGGUGAACAGUUCAUCAAACGCCCAGCAAAUGUUCGACACAAGCUGCUGAUGACCAGGCAGAAUCAAUUAUCAGCUGUUAGUAUUCCACUGCUCGAGAGUGAUAUUCCAGAUGAUGACAUUAUCGACAAGAUCUAUGUCCUGGAGUUUCCUCAAACAGAAGAUUCAGACCAAAAGAUGUCAGAGCGAAAGAAGGUUCAGCGUAUCAUGAGAUUCAAGGAGAAAGUACAAGAGCAGGUGUCCAAGGCAAAGGCCCGACAAGGACAAAGACUGCGAAGAGUUUACAGGCAUGAGGAUGUGGUACAUCAGCCGAGACUGCCACACUUUGGAGUUCCAGACAUUCUUGCCGGCAUCACAAACUUGUUGCGUAAGAGGAGCGCAUUGAGACCGCAGGUUGGACAGCUGCCAGCCACUAUCGCAACGCCGUCACAAUGCUACAUUAGUAUUUCAGUGCAGCGGGCCCAGAAUCUUCCAAUCAGGCAUACGAAUGAUUCGAAGAGUAUCGCUCCUCCGCUGGAAUGUGUCGUCGAGGCAAGAUUUGGUAAGCAAGUGGAGACCACUACAGUCUUCAAAGGGAAUAAUCCAGCAUGGAACGCUAAGUUAAAGUUGAAGUUCGAGCCGCCGAGCAAUAACUGGAGUCCCAGCAACCUAAUGAAAGUCGAAGACAAGCUGUACUUGACAGUUUUCGACACCAAGGUCUACGAGUCAGAGAAGGAAUACGGGAAACUCCGCAAGGUGGAGAAACGAUGGUUGGGCUCAAUCAGCUUUCCUUUCAACACCCUCUACAUUGCCUCGGCAAAGGGUCGGGUUGAUGGCACCUUCGAGCUGGAUGCACCACCGCACAUCAUAGGCUACACUCGAGCGGAGCGCCGCAACUUGAAGGCUGGGAGGCUGGAAGGAGAGGAGGCUGCAGGAGAAUCUCAGGGCCAGAACAAAGAAAAGGAGAAUCGAAAGUCUAGCCUGCAGGUUUGCAUCGCCUUGGAUCCGCCCUUGUCCAUCCCUGGCUCGCUCGACCGGGAGGUGGAAGGAAGGCUUCCUUCUCAGCCCAAGUUGGACCAGCGGGUGAAGAACUGGAUCUUAGAGUGCAAGGGAUACAACCGCGAUCGGAACUUCGAGGCGCUGUGGCGCAGCUUGCAACGUGAUUGGGUGCUGGGCACCCGCUUCUUGUGCAUACAGGAGCCGCCGCCCGACCUUGUGAAGAAAUCGCUGGGUGUACAUGAGCAGAUGCUGCAGCUGCUCAGGUUCGUCUCACUGAUUCCGUUCCUUGAGGACUUCCACCUCGAAGACCAUGGCGACGACAUCGACAUCGACUCGUUGAAUGUCUGGUGUACCUCAUCCGAGUUCAUCGACAUCAUGGCGGGUGACUGGGAGGAGCACGCUUCGCUCCUGUGUAAUUUCUUCUUACAUGUUUUCAAACACAACCCAAAGUUGGAGGCAAGCGCCUACCUGGUAUUCGGGAAUGGGAUCCCCGAAGGCGAGACGAUCUAUGUCAUGACAAUAGGCUCCGAUCCGAACGACAGCGAGAAGAUUUACCUGUGGAAUGCGUCGAAAGGAUCCGUCUAUCACUCCAAGGACCCUUACUGUACUCUCAAGGAGAUUCACUUCGUGGUGGACCAGCACAACAUCUGGGGCAACAUACAACAGACCAGAGACAUUCGCUACACUUCAUUCGACCUGACCGACACGAAAGCUUGGAGGCCGCUGUUCAACGACAAGUUUCCUAUCCAAAACUUCCAUGCGGACACCGUCCAGGAAAGCAUCGACUGGAAACCCUUGCAGAAACACGACGCGUACGCAGACGAAGUUCGAAAGGAAGUGGAGCAGUACAUCCGCGGGCACUUGGAGACCCUGAGGGCCAACGACGGGAGGAUGAUGAUCGAGGCUGCGAACUUGAGCAAGAAGCUCUCGGGGGUGCUGAAGCGGAUGGAGAUUGCGGCGAAUUACGAGGGGACGUUCACUGAGGAGGACCUGCAGGCUGAGCUGUCGGGCUUCAUGCAGCAGAACGAGGUGAUCGGGUUCUACAUCAACCGUCCUUACACGGACAUCGAGCCAAUCAUCCACGAGAUCGAGAGCUCCAACAUCCACCGUGUGGGACCCGCAGAGGCCAACGAGAAAGACACUCAGUUCGCCAUCGCAGUCCACGUGAGAGUCUUUCCUCGACGAGUCACCUCGUUGUGGGUUGCGGUCGCUUGUCUUGUGCGCAAGAAGCCUUAGAUCUGUUGAAUAUUUAACCUUAAGAAUGAAAUGUUGUAAAUGUUG